GUACGCUGCCAUUCUAGGAUGUGUAUGCCUUCGAUUAAAAUGUCCUCCAUCGUUUAAAAUAUAAACUUUUGACGUAAACAUUUGUAUUUAAAUGUUUACCUUUGAGGAUAAUGAAUGAAAAGUCAAACAAAUCCCGCUUAAAUUAUUAAUUGAAGUAUACAUAUUUUUACGAUUGGUAAAAUGUUUGUUCACAUGAUGUCCACUUGCUGCAAUGGAGGGAAAUAUCACGCUAAACAAACAAACAAACAUACGCAGUCACCUGUGCGUCUCCUGGAAACGGUUUGUUGUUCCCUCAAAAGGUGGCAUCUUUAUUUAUUCAUGGAGCCCAAGAACUGACCUAUUACUUUUGUUGGGAUGGUUGUUUUGUCCUGUUGAUUUUCAAGCAUCUGGAAAGAUGAACGCGCCGCCAGUGGAUUUGUCUUUCAGAAAUAUCGAGAAUUUGAGAGACUCAUGGUCAGAAAAGCCCAGCAAAGUCCCGCGAAGUCUGAAGAAAGAUUCCCAAAGAAAGUACCUCAGUUGUUCUCUGCGACUUAACAACAACAACAUCAGUGAUCUGGAUGCCCUCCAAAGCACCAUCGGCCAUUUCCUUGCUGAGCCGCUGAAGAUAGCUUGGCUGGACCUUUCAUUUAAUAAGAUCAGAACCAUUCAUAGAGUUUUGUGUGAGUUGUCUGAGCUUCGGGUGUUAAAUCUUCAUGGCAACAAUAUUUUUAUAUUGUCCGAAGUGGACAGACUUGGAGGGCUGCCACAUCUGCACACCGUCACUCUUCACGGAAAUGCUAUUGAAGGACACAGAGGGUACAGGAGUUAUGUGAUUUCAGCUCUUCCACACAUCAGGAAGAUGGACUUCAGUGCUGUGACGCCUGAUGAGCGAAUGAUGGCAAACAUCUGGCAUCAGAGGCGAAGAAGGAUGAUCAGCAAUAAAACCUUCCAGUGAUGGGAUAAUCUGAAUUGAAUGUUGAAUGAAUAAGGUAUUUGUGUAUAGUUUUUCAUGUUUAACUGAAACCAGCUCAGCAUUGUGGAACAUUUUUGUAGCUAUGAUAAUACAAUACAUACAUAAAUCAUGUAGAAUUACAUAUUUAACAAAUUAAUAAAACAGAAAAAUGAAUGAUUACAAUAAAGCUCAAGCAAGAAUCAGCUAAAUGUGACAGAUAAUCCCUUCAAGAGUAGCUAAAGGGUUUCAUCCAAAGAGUAUCCUGGUUACAGCUUUACAUUUAAAGAACAAAAAGAAGAGAAAAAAAAUAAUGAUGUUUGCAAAAAGGUCUAGAAUCAUCAAUGUUGGUACAAACACCAACAUCUCUGUCACAUGCUGCUGUGGCUACUUUCUGAUUCAUAUGAAUCACUCUUGUUACAAUCUGCAGCCCAAAAGCUUCUGUUUAAAAGACGAAUCAAGAUCUUGAAAGUGUUGAUGUUUAAAAGGUUAUCAAAUCUCGAAACUCAGUUUGAAAUGCAGUGUGGGACAAAAUUGAUAAAAAUCAGCUGAAUAUUCAAAAAUGUAAUUCAUUUGUUAAACUUCGUCCAUGGUUUAAAAUUUGUUUUAAAUGCUUAAGUGUGGCCAUGUUAUCCAUAAAAAGUUAAAUACAAAUUUGAAUACUGCUCUGAAAUUGUUUAUCAAUGUGGCAAGUCUGUUUAACAUUCAUUCAUUCAUAUCUGUUAUCCAUUAGUUUUGCCUGGUGUAGAUCGGAAGAGGAGACGUGCCAGUGCAGGGUGUUGGUACAGGAUUGACAAAACUGGUGAUGAUGGAACCAUCAUUACAUGAUGCGACAAUUAGCAGUCCAAAGCAGAGAUAAGCAAAACUGAGGCUGAAUAAAGGGCAAAAAUAAACAAAGACUGGUCAAAGUCAGGCAAAGUUCAGUGAUGACUCUUUCAUGUACGUGGGUUCCAAAUGUUUUCAAAUUUAUGGUACAUUCCUGCCAGAUUAAGUUGAAGUUUUUCUGAUUUUAGAAAGUAGAACACACCUUUGAUCCACAAUGUUAUAUGCGGGUGAGGAUGAACAUUUCCACUGAAGCAAUAUUCUUCUUCUGGCCAGUACAGUUGCGAAUGCUAUUGCAUCUUUUUUAUUUGAUGAUUUUUUAUUUUACUGCAACAUGUCGUGGAUCCGCAGCUGUAAUCUGCAAAAUAUGAUACAGUAUAAUUGCAUAUUUUUUUCAAUUUGUGCCCUACUUCACUUCUCCAGAUCACUGUGCUUUUCUUUUCGUUUUUCCAGACGAUCUUGCAAGUGCUUGAUAAAUGACUCUAUGAUUGGUGACAUUUGCCAUUAGUGUGAAACAUACAAUGAACAAUAAAAGAAAAUAAAUCUAGUAAAAUUAGUUGUCCAAUUUCAAUGCCAACGGGAGAUACUUCUUUGCUCGAUCAAUGCAAUAUCAGCUCCCUCUCCAGUGCAUCUAUUAAAUCUUGUUCCUUAGUCAUCUCACGUUUUAUCUACUGUAGCUGAAAUGUUGGAGUAUCCAUGAUGUCUUGAACAGAAGACACGCUGUGAGAAUAAAAAGACUGAGUUGAUUCUGGCUGUCACAGACAGGUUUAAAACAGACUGCCUUUCAAAGUCAAUUUUAAAUUGUUUAUUUUAUUUCUUUUCAACAGACUGCUCACUGAAGUAGUGACAUGUAUUUCAAGAUACACAAAACCAUUCUUUACGAUAUUAAAAGGUAAUGUGUUGAGUGAAUGCCCUUUUGCCACAUCAUUAAUAGCUAAAAUCUUGCUCUUAUUAUGGUUCAAUUUAUCACCGGAAAUUGGUGAAUUUUAUUUUAUAUUAUCUGAUAGCACACUGGACUGCAUCUGAUCUGAUAUUCAAAUUUCUGAAACAGACACACAAUCUAUCAGUAAAUGAGGAUAACCAAGACAUUUUACAGUGUGACAUGCACCACAGCCCUCCCCAAAGUUAAAAAAAAAAAAAGAGUGGCAUCCUUCAGAAAUCCUAUGAUCCAUGAAUAUGUGCGGAGCCCUCUAACGGCCACAUCGAGGCACUGCCUGCAUAUGACAGAAUUGGUUGCCAACUUCAGCUACCCCUCCCAACACUGGCAUUAUUACUGGCCUAUUCGCUGUGGCCUCUCCUGAUACAACUGUAACAGACUGCGUGUGUUAUUUCCUUCAGUAUUAAUUUGGAGGCUAAAUUGUGUCUUGGAGGGGAAGAGAUUUGCCCCGAAUAAGGUGUGUGGUGUGACGCUGGUGGGCCUGUGUGUUUUUGGAUUGUUGGUUCUGGUGUGAAUAAAAUGCUGGUGACCCGGUACUAUACCGUGAACUAUUUUGGACUCUUCUGCCUGCUUCUUCCGCUCAACAUUGAAACCGCUCGGCGACACAACUAUCAGCAAACUAGGGACUAAGAAUCAGUAGCAAGGCAAUAUGUAUUUCAAAG